CUGGGGGCGCCGGCAGGCGGCUCUCCGCGCGGCCAUUCUUCCCCGGCCCCCUCCUCCCUUCCGUUUCCGCGGCCGCGCGGCGCGCUGGGCAGGGGGGCCGACAGGCGUUGGGGGCGCCGGCCCUCCCGCCCGCCCCUUCCCCUCGCCGGGCCCGCCCCGGCCGGCCAGCCGAAACCGCGGCAGGAGGAAGCCGAAUCAGGAACUGGCCAGGGUCGCCCGGGCCGCAGUCGGGCAGGAGUCGUCCCGGAGGCGUCCUCGGCAGCCCCGGAGCAGCUGCCCGCGCGGGACGGCACCAUGGGCUUCUCUUCAGAGCUGUGCAGCGCCCAGGGCCACGGGGCCCUGCAGCAGAUGCAGGAGGCCGAGCUGCGGCUGCUGGAGGGCAUGAGGAAGUGGAUGGCCCAGCGGGUCAAGAGCGACAGGGAGUAUGCAGGGCUGCUGCACCACAUGUCCCUGCAGGACAGUGGGGGCCGGGGCAUGAGCCCCAACAGCCCCAUCAGCCAGUCCUGGGCAGAGAUCACCAGCCAGACAGAAGGCCUGAGCCGCUUGCUGAGGCAGCACGCGGAGGAUCUGAACUCAGGGCCCCUGAGCAAGCUGGGCUUGCUGAUCCGGGAGCGGCAGCAGCUGCGCAAGACCUACAGCGAGCAGUGGCAGCAGCUGCAGCAGGACCUCACCAAGGCCCACAACCAGGACAUCGAGAAGCUGAAGAGCCAGUACCGAGUCCUGGCACGGGACAGCGCCCAGGCCAGACGCAAGUACCAGGAGGCCAGCAAAGACAAGGACCGAGACAAGGCCAAGGACAAGUAUGUGCGCAGCCUGUGGAAGCUGUUCGCUCAUCACAACCGCUACGUGCUGGGCGUGCGGGCCGCGCAGCUGCACCACCAGCACCACCACCAGCUCCUGCUCCCCGGCCUGCUACAGUCGCUGCAGGACCUGCACCAGGAGAUGGCCUGUAUCCUGAAGGAGAUCCUGCAGGAGUACCUGGAGAUUAGCAGCCUGGUGCAGGACGAGGUGGCGGCCAUUCACCUGGAGAUGGCGGCAGCGGUUGCCCGCAUCCAGCCCGAGACUGAGUACCAAGGCUUCCUGAGACAGUAUGGGUCCACACCUGACAUCCCACCCUGUGUCACCUUCGAUGAGUCACUGCUUGAGGAGGGUGAGCUGCUGGCUGCGGGGGAGCUGCAGCUGAACGAGCUGACCGUGGAGAGCGUGCAGCACACGCUGACCUCAGUGACAGAUGAACUGGCUGCGGCCACGGAGACGGUGCUCAGCCGGCAGGAGGCGGUCACCCAGCUGCAGCGCGACCUCUGGAACGAGGAGCAGAACACCCAUCCCCGGGAGCGGGUGCAGCUGCUGGCCAAGAAGCAGGUGUUGCAGGAGGCGCUGCAGGGGCUGCAGGUGGCUCUGUGCAGCCAGGCCAAGCUGCAGGCCCAGCAGGAGCUGCUGCAGGCCAAGCUGGAGCAGCUGGGCCCCGGGGAGCCCCCGCCCGUGCUGCUCCUGCAGGACGACCGCCACUCCACGUCGUCCUCGGAGCAGGAGCGAGAAGGGGGAAGGACACCCACCCUGGAGAUCCUUAAGAGCCACAUCUCGGGAAUCUUCCGCCCCAAGUUCUCGCUCCCUCCACCCCUGCAGCUCGUGCCAGAGGUGCAGAAGCCGCUGCACGAGCAGCUGUGGUACCACGGGGCCAUCCCACGGGCAGAGGUGGCUGAGCUGCUGACACACUCCGGGGACUUCCUGGUGCGGGAGAGUCAGGGCAAGCAGGAGUACGUGCUGUCUGUGCUGUGGGACGGCCAGCCCCGGCACUUCAUCAUCCAGUCCACUGACAACCUAUACCGACUGGAAGGGGACGGCUUUCCCAGUAUCCCCUUGCUCAUCGACCACCUGCUACGCUCCCAGCAGCCCCUCACCAAGAAGAGCGGUAUCGUCCUGAACAGGGCUGUGCCCAAGGACAAGUGGGUGCUAAACCACGAGGACCUGGUGUUGGGGGAGCAGAUUGGGCGGGGGAACUUCGGUGAAGUGUUCAGUGGACGCCUGAGGGCCGACAAUACUCUGGUGGCCGUGAAGUCUUGUCGGGAGACGCUCCCACCUGACCUCAAGGCCAAGUUUCUGCAGGAAGCAAGGAUUCUGAAGCAGUACAACCACCCCAACAUCGUGCGUCUCAUUGGCGUCUGCACCCAGAAGCAGCCCAUCUACAUUGUCAUGGAGCUUGUGCAGGGGGGCGACUUCCUGACCUUCCUGCGGACCGAGGGCUCCCGCCUGCGGAUGAAGACCCUGCUGCAGAUGGUGGGGGAUGCGGCCGCGGGCAUGGAGUAUCUGGAGAGCAAGUGCUGCAUCCACCGGGACCUGGCGGCUCGGAACUGCCUGGUGACAGAGAAGAACGUCCUGAAGAUAAGUGACUUUGGGAUGUCCCGGGAGGAGGCCGAUGGGAUCUAUGCAGCCUCCGGGGGCCUCAGACAAGUCCCGGUGAAGUGGACAGCUCCGGAGGCUCUUAACUACGGACGCUACUCCUCAGAGAGCGACGUGUGGAGCUUCGGGAUCCUCCUCUGGGAGACCUUCAGCCUGGGGGCCCCCCCGUACCCCAACCUCAGCAACCAGCAGACGCGGGAGUUUGUGGAAAAGGGGGGCCGCCUGCCCUGCCCCGAGCUGUGCCCCGACGCCGUGUUCCGACUCAUGGAGCAGUGCUGGGCCUACGAGCCCGCGGAGCGGCCCGGCUUCAGUGCCAUCUCCCAGGAGCUGCAGAGCAUCCGGAAGCGGCACCGGUGAGGCCGGCCCGGCUCCCGCCCGCCAGCUCGUACCUCCCGCCCUGCGGCUCCCGCGGCCCGUCGCCUCCUCCCAGGCCCGGCCCCGGCUCCUCCCCACUCCGUGCUGCCGGCAGCCACGCAGCUCCAGUCGGUCGGCCCGUCCCUGCGGAGAUAAUAAAACCACUUGUGUCCACUGA